AUGACCAGCUCGUCUCGUGCAGUUUGCUGGCUAGGACGACAAGCUCCGGCGACCUUGACAUGCUCCUCAAAGAGUGGCUUUGUCAAUCUGGCUCGUCUGCGUCGCGAAAAGGACCCGCUUACUACUGGUCUGGGCAUGGGAGGCCAGCCAAUCGUCACCCACAAACUCUUGGACUUGGCCAAGGAGACUAUCAUGAAGAGCCUAUUCGCCCAAGGGCUAGGUUCUGAGGUCAUCUCGAGCCUAGUUCAAGCGAGCCUUGAGGGAGGUUUUGGCUCACGUAGUAUCUCCACCGAAGUGGUCGCAGGACUCGCCUCAGCUGAUUACAACAUUUCCGCAGCAUCGCGCGUCAUUCUGCAAGAAGAGACUUGUUACGAGAUGAGUAUGAUAGCAUUCGUAGGCUAUGUCAACACGUGGGUCGUUGGACAAGGGAUCCUGAACCAACUGCCAACUGAGACCCUCACGCAGGAGAUGGCCAGCGAAAUGAAUGAGGGGAUGAUCGAGAAAAUUGCUGGUCAAACCGAGACAGUUAUGGCGCAACACGCACGAGACAACUUGGACCUCCAAACAGUGGACGAGGUAUUGAAGACGAUGAGGGAGUAUACGAAGGCCUAG